CCGGCUCAGCACCCUGAGUAGGAAGCGGCUUUCCGCGCUCCGGCUGCCGACUGCGGGCACUUUGAUGAAUCACGUGUGUUGAGGCCCUCUUAAAGAGAUAGGCACCUACUUUCCCUCCACCCUAAACACCGCCCUGAGGGCGGCGGCUACUGUGGUAAUUGCAGCUGCUUAGGGGCAGGGCUUGCCCCAGCGCUGAGUAGUGGCAACAGCGUGGUUGCGUCGGGGGUGUUGGGAGCCGGCAGCCCCGGGGGCCUGAAUUGGGCUACUCCCCGGGCUGACACUCUCUCCCUAAGGAAGACGUGCUGUCGAAUCAGCGCUGGGCAGCCAGAGCGCCCAGGGGGGCUUCUUCAGUUGAGGAGAGGUGGGGUUAUAGGGCACAGGUGACAGGGCCGGAGAAAGAUGGAGCAGCCCGGGGCGGCGGCGUCGGGAGCGGGAGGCGGCAGCGAGGAACCGUAUGGGGGCCGGAGCAACAAGCGGAGCGCGGGGAACCGAGCUGCCAACGAAGAGGAAACGAAAAACAAACCCAAAUUGAACAUUCAAAUAAAAACUUUGGCAGAUGAUGUGCGUGACCGAAUUACAAGUUUUAGAAAAUCUACGGUCAAGAAAGAAAAACCUCUUAUUCAACAUCCUAUUGAUUCCCAAGUUGCAAUGAGUGAGUUUCCAGCAGCUCAGCCAUUAUAUGAUGAACGAUCUUUGAAUUUGUCAGAAAAGGAAGUACUGGAUCUCUUUGAAAAAAUGAUGGAGGACAUGAACCUUAAUGAAGAAAAAAAAGCUCCUUUACGAAACAAAGAUUUUACCACCAAGCGUGAGAUGGUUGUCCAGUAUAUUUCUGCUACUGCCAAAUCUAUAGUUGGAAGUAAAGUUAUGGGUGGUCUGAAAAACAGCAAGCAUGAAUGUACCCUGUCUUCACAAGAAUAUGUUCAUGAAUUAAGAUCUGGUAUUUCAGAUGAGAAACUUCUUAACUGCCUAGAAUCCCUGAGGGUUUCUUUAACCAGCAAUCCUGUCAGUUGGGUUAACAACUUUGGACAUGAAGGUCUCGGGCUCUUAUUGGAUGUUCUGGAAAAGAUUCUGGACAAAAAACUGCAAGAAAAUAUUGACAAGAAGAAUCAAUAUAAACUCAUUCAGUGCCUCAAAGCAUUUAUGAAUAAUAAGUUUGGAUUACAAAGGAUUCUAGGGGAUGAAAGAAGUCUUUUACUAUUGGCAAGAGCAAUUGACCCCAAACAACCCAACAUGAUGACUGAAAUAGUAAAAAUACUUUCUGCUAUUUGCAUUGUUGGAGAAGAGAAUAUUCUAGAUAAACUUUUAGGGGCUAUAACUACUGCUGCAGAGAGAAAUAACAGGGAGCGAUUUUCACCAAUUGUGGAAGGAUUGGAAAAUCAUGAAGCUUUGCAAUUACAGGUGGCGUGCAUGCAGUUUAUAAAUGCCCUUGUCACUUCUCCAUAUGACCUUGAUUUCCGAAUCCAUUUAAGGAAUGAAUUCCUUCGUUCAGGACUAAAAACAAUGUUACCAGAUUUAAAAGAAAAAGAGAACGAUGAGCUUGAUAUUCAGUUGAAAGUAUUUGAUGAGAACAAAGAGGACGACCUAACUGAAUUAUCCCAUCGUCUCAAUGAUAUUCGAGCAGAAAUGGAUGAUAUGAAUGAAGUAUAUCACCUUCUUUAUAAUAUGUUGAAAGACACUGCAGCUGAAAAUUACUUAUUAUCCAUUCUGCAACACUUUUUGCUCAUCAGAAAUGAUUAUUAUAUCAGGCCACAGUAUUAUAAAAUAAUUGAGGAGUGUGUUUCUCAGAUAGUGUUGCACUGCAGUGGCAUGGACCCAGACUUUAAGUACAGGCAAAGAUUAGACAUUGAUUUUACUCAUCUGAUAGAUUCUUGUGUGAACAAGGCAAAAGUUGAAGAAAGUGAACAAAAAGCAAUGGAAUUUUCAAAGAAGUUUGAUGAAGAAUUCACAGCUCGACAGGAAGCUCAAGCUGAACUUCAAAAACGAGAAGAAAAAAUCAAAGAACUUGAAACAGAAAUCCAGCUACUUCGAAUCCAGGGCCAUGGAUCCUUGAAUUCAUCAGGAACUCCAGGUCCUCCUCCUCCACCACCUCCCUUGCCAGGUAUUGGCCCACCACCACCUCCACCACCUGCACCUCUACCUGGAGCUCCUCCUCCUCCACCACCUCCAUUAUCUGGAUUUGGGGGUAUUCCACCACCACCACCACCACCUUUAUUUGGAGGACCUCCUGCACCACCACCCCUCGGAGGAAUGUCUUCUCCCCCAGGAAUGCCACUUGAUCUACCUUAUGGUAUGAAGCAGAAGAAAAUAUAUAAACCCGAAGUGUCCAUGAAGAGAAUCAAUUGGUCAAAGAUCGAGCCUAAAGAAUUAUCUGAGAACUGUUUCUGGUUAAAAGUAAAAGAAGAAAAGUUUGAAAAUCCAGAUCUCUUUGCAAAAUUGGCACUGAAUUUUGCUACCCAUAUAAAAGUUCAAAAAAAUACAGAACCUUCAGAAAUAAAGAAGAGUAUACCUGCAAAGAAGAAACUGAAAGAAUUAAGAGUUUUGGAUCCGAAAACAGCUCAGAAUCUGUCUAUCUUCCUGGGAUCAUAUCGCAUGCCAUAUGAAGAUAUUAAAAACAGCAUUCUAGAGGUUAAUGAAGACAUGCUAAGUGAGGCCUUAAUUCAGAACCUUGUAAAACAUCUUCCUGAGCAGAAGGUACUCAGUGAAUUAGCACAGCUUAAGAAUGAAUAUGAUGACCUGUGUGAGCCUGAGCAAUUUGGAGUUGUGAUGAGCUCAGUGAAAAUGUUACGGCCUCGUCUCAAUAGCAUUCUUUUCAAGCUCACAUUUGAAGAACACGUAAACAACAUCAAACCAAGCAUCAUAGCUGUAACUCUUGCUUGUGAAGAAGUGAAGAAAAGUGAAAGCUUUAAUAGACUUUUAGAGUUAGUUCUUUUGGUUGGAAACUACAUGAACUCAGGGUCAAGAAAUGCCCAGUCUUUGGGAUUUAAGAUCAACUUCCUUUGUAAGAUUAGAGAUACUAAAUCAGCAGAUCAAAAAACAACCCUUUUGCAUUUUAUUGCUGAAAUUUGUGAGGAAAAAUACCGAGACAUCCUGAAAUUUCCUGAAGAAUUGGAGCAUGUAGAAAGUGCAAGCAAAGUUUCAGCUCAAAAUCUUAAGAGCAACCUUGCAGCAAUGGAACAACAAAUUGUUCAUCUGGAACGUGACAUCAAGAAAGUUCCCCAAGCAGAAAAUCAACAUGAUAAGUUUGUUGAAAAGAUGUCGAGCUUUACAAAGAGUGCGAGAGACCAGUAUGAAAAACUGUCCACAAUGCACAAUAACAUGGUGAAGCUGUAUGAGAAUCUUGGAGAGUACUUCAUUUUUGAUUCUAAGACAGUAACCAUAGAGGACUUUUUUGGUGACCUCAGCAACUUCCGAACUCUGUUUCUGGAAGCAGUAAAAGAAAACAAUAAGAGAAGAGAAUUGGAAGAGAAGACUAGGAGGGCAAAGCUUGCAAAAGAGAAAGCUGAACAAGAAAAAGUGGAACGCCAGAAGAAAAAGAAACAGCUCAUCGAUAUAAACAAAGAGGGUGAUGAGACUGGUGUGAUGGAUAAUCUUCUAGAAGCCCUACAAUCAGGUGCAGCAUUCCGAGACCGCAGAAAGCGGAUUCCAAGGAAUCCAGAUAACAGACGGGUACCUUUGGAAAGGUCACGCUCUCGCCACAAUGGAGCUAUCUCAUCUAAGUGAUUCCUGAUGCCAAAGAAUAUGAAAAAUAUUUAAGUAAAUAAAAUCAUAUGUUUUCAGAAGAAUAAAACAUGCAUUCAAGGGUCAGAGUGGAUAUAAGUGUAUUUCUGCAAAGGUCAAGCUAAAUUGGAUGAAUUGAUGUGCAUUUGUGGAACUAUCACUAGACUCCUCCCACAAUACCUAUCUGAACAGUUCACAGGACUAGAAAUAUUUGUUCCACUUUAGCGUAAAAAUGUGUGUUCUUUGUUGUUGUGUGACCUGACUCUGAAGAGGGAAUUGUAAAAAAUUGAAGAGUUUUGAGACUUUCAAAUAUUCAAAUAUUUAAAAUCCUGAAUUUCUAGGUCACUCCCACUAAAAGAAAAAGAAGAAGAAAAAAAGAAUAGAACUAUUCACUAUCUGCUUCCAAUUUAAUAGAUAGCAAAGGAAAAGGCCAAGACAAAAUGUGCAUGCUAAUGAUUUGGAAAGGUGCUAAUAUUGCACACAGUGUAAGAGAAGCCAUUUUGAAAACUCAAAAAAGUACAGCUCCAUGUCAGUCAAGUUAUUUAGAAUCUUAUCUCAAGUGAAAGCUGAUGGAUUCAUCUGCUUUGGCUGAAAUUAAAUUUAUCAUUAGUCUAGCGUUUCAGCAUGAUAUUGUAAGCGCAUAUCAUUGCUAAAAAUAAACCAAAGUUUAACAGAAUCAGUUAGGGAAAAUGACUUCAAUUUUAUUUAAAGAGGUAUUUUCUAAUUAUGCAUAGAUGUCUACUUUAUACAAAUACUUUAUAUGACUAUUUUUUGAGAAAAACUCCACAUUUUAAUGUUUGUGCUAGGGAUGUACCUGAAAGUUCUAUUAUCUUUAUUUAGACUUUAAAGGCAAAUAUUGAUUCAUAUUUGUGGUUUAUUUCUUCUCUCUAUUGCUUCUUUCUCCCUUGACCCCCUUGAAGGCAGGGAAUGGAGUUCUAGAAGACCUGGGAGGAAAGAGAUUUCUUUCUAUAAAAUGCAGCAGAAAACUGUGUGAAAGGUCAACUGUUCUAUCUUCCUUUCUACUCCCCUUUCCAAUUCUGUUUUGGUGGUCUGAAGAAGAAAAAAAGAAAUUCUAUAUAUGUAUAUGUAUAUACAUGUGUGUAUAUAUUUGUAUCUCUUGCUGCAGUAAUUGCACAUCCCAGUAAAUAAGUGAACUUCACAGUCAUCAUCAUACUUACCUUAUAUUAACAAAUUUAAAUGAUGCUGCCACAACAACUCUGGGGGAAAAAAAGGUCUAUGUUUUUCUCAAAUAGAUGAAAGUUAAAGUUAUACUUAACUUAUCUGUUAUUUUAUGAUGAGCAUUGGAAUAAUUGGUGUAACUUCUCUGGAGUGCAAUUUGAAGACCAAUUCAUGCAGAUGAUUGUGAUUACUGUAAAAGAAUUAUUAUAUGUAUAUUUCUUAUGUAGAAAGUCCUAUUUCUAUUCCUCCACUGCACAUGAUAGAGAAAGAACAAAUGACUGGCUUGGCAAGUCACCAUCUGAGAUAAGUGACCAGUAGCUCACAGAAUUCUUUAUAUAGAUGUAUAAUAAUUUGGUUGCCUUGUCCUCCAGUGCAUUCUGGCUUGAGUAUUAUACUUCAAAAUUCUCUGAAAGCUGCUAUAAUAGAGAAAUCAAAGUCACAACAUCUAA